AUGGAGCUUUUGAAGAAGGCUAAUAAUUUAAAGACUGAAAUUGGAAGCAUGCUAGCAGAAAAAAGGAACGGGGUGAAGAUUGACGUUAUAGAGUUUAAAUUAAGGAUGAGAAAAUAUCUGAAAGAUCUGUUCUUGAAGAUGAGACUCCCCGCUAAGUACCUCCUAGUGUUCAUGAUUGCUGACAAGUUGAGGAACAGAAAACCUUACGCCGUGCCAGUUCAGUUUUUGCCUUACAAGUCAAUAACUGACUCAAAAUUGAUUGAGUUAGAAACGACCUUGCAGCGUAUUAUGGAAAAAAAUGGAAUGACAGUCGUUGGUAUGUUGUCUGAACAUCUUACUGUACUUUCAAGGCACCUAUUAAUUAUGCCUGCUUUUGAUCUUUUCACUUUUUCAGUGGUAUAGGAAGCUUAUGCACAAGUUCCACUCGUGUGUAUAUAUAUAUAUAUAUAUAUAUGCCAAAGAGUGUUCGAUAUCAUAUAGAUAAGCAGAAAUAGCCGUUUUACCUCGAAAGGUUGCAAUCGAAACCAUACUAUUACCUAUACAAAUAAUAUAUUUUAUAUAUACAUUUACAGGCUUCACAACUGAUGGUGAAUUUAAUUCUCUGCGCGCAUCAGGAAAGAAUCGUCCAGUUUCUAUUAUUGGCCUUAUUCAGGAUGCCAGAAACAACGCUCGAAGUAUGAGAGAGGCAACAAUGACUAAAUAUUUCACACUGGAUAGCAAAGGUAACAAAUUGUAGCGAUAAACAAAUAUACCAAAAUACACAUUGCAUGGAGAUUUGCUGUGGAUUGCAGUUAAGCGUUUAAUCUUAUCUUACAUAAAUAUUAGCAACGGUUGAUCUCGUGCGUUGUUAAGUUAAAUUUACAACUUACAUCACAUCUGACAAUGUGGUGGGAAAGAUGCGAUUUUCACGGUGAACGCGGUGCUGAGUAGACAUAGGGUUACACGAUACUUGUUAAAAUAUUUAUACUCUGACUCUGUUUUAACUUUUCCAACAGGAGAUCCAUUAGAAAGUCACCCUGGUGUACCUGUGGAAGACGUGCGUUGGCUUCGUGAUUUUAUAGAUGAUGGGGAGGAAAAGGUUGAUUUCACUAAAGCUAUUCACAUUUUACGGCGAAAGCUUUUCCCGUUCAUGCACAAUCCAAAUCCAUGGGCUCUUCCGAUCUACGACUAA